AUGGCUCAAUAUCUUAUGUUGGAGCAACAGAAACUCCUUGGUAAUAAUAAUGUUAAUAGUUCAACAAAUCCCACAACUAUGAGUGAUUUUCAAAAACAAUUUGUUGCUAUGCAGCAACAACUUGCUUCACAAUAUGUUGCGGCAAUAACUGCCAAUGGCCAAGGAAAUUUUAAUAAUCUUUUGGGUAUUGAUACAGGAAAAGGAUCCAAAGGACUUAGUUCAAUAUUUAAUAUUGAAUCAUUAAGUAAUAAUUCUAAUAAUAGUAUGUUAAAUCACCUUACAAGUAUUGGAAAUGAUAAAAAUAGUGAUGAUGGUAAAGGAGAAUCAAGAUCAAGAUCACCAACAACUAUUAGUGAAAGGAAUAGUAAUUCUAUUGAUAUAUCAUCAAAAAAUAAUAUUUCACCAACUUCUUCAGAAGUUAUUGGUAAUAAACUUACAUCAUCAAUGCCAUCAGGAGAAGACUUAUCACCCGGUGGUUGUGAUGAUGAUAUGAUGAUGGAUAAAAUGUCACCAGAUGAGAAUGGAAAAAGAAAACAACGAAGAUAUAGGACUACAUUCUCAGCUUAUCAAUUAGAUGAAUUGGAGAAAGUUUUUGCAAGAACACAUUAUCCUGAUGUCUUUACAAGAGAAGAAUUAGCACAACGAGUUAUAUUAACUGAAGCUCGAGUACAAGUAUGGUUUCAAAAUAGGAGAGCUAAAUUUCGUAAACAGGAAAGAAGUAGUUCAAUUCAUCCUUAUGCUUCAACAAAUGGUCCAACACCUUUAAGUAAUGGUACACGAGAUUCAGCACAAGUUUUUCAACAAAAUGCUAUGGCAGCAGCAGCAGCAGCUGUAUCAAAUCCUUAUGCAGUUCUUGCAGCAGCAGCUGCAGCUCAACAAAAUGCCUCAACAGAUCCAACAUCAGCUAUGAUGGCUGCUGCAGCAUUUACUGCACAACAACAUGCUUUAGCUGAAAGUAUGAUGAAUCCACUUUUAAGUAGUGGUAUUGGAUUACCAACAUCAACAUCAAAUACCAUGAAUGGUGGUGGUUCUAUGACAACCCCAAGAACACCAUCAACAUCUUCUAUUCAACAAGGACCAGGUACAACAACAUCUUCACCAUUAUUAGGUUUAUCACCUAAAGGUAAUAAUCCUCAAGAAGGAAAUGAUAGUAAUAUAACAAAUUCAACAUCAAAUAUUAAUAGUAAUAACAAUAAAUCAACAACAUCCGGUACAGAAUUAACUAAUAAUCUUUUUUUCAAUCCAUUAGCAGUCAUGCAACAACAACAAUUGGCAAAUUUAUUCCAAAUGCAAUAUGGUGGACUUUGGGGUACAGGAACAGGUGGUAAUCCAUUAUCAUUAUCAGGAUUAACAACAACAUCAACAACCUCAGCAACAACAACCUCCUCAACAGGAUCAGUAUCACCAAAAGCUGAGGAAAGGACAACUACCAGUUCACCAGAAGAAAUGAAUACUAAUAAUAAUGAUAAUACAGUUAAUAAAAAGGAGAUUGAUGAAAAGAAUAGUGGUACAACAUCACCAGUUGAUGAGAAGGCAAAUAAUGAAGAAUAG